UGUCCCUUGCCCUUCACUUUCCCCACAAGAAAAUCCACCUUCUCUUAUCUUAAUUCUCCAAAAACAAAAAUGGAUAUUGUAGAAUUCACCCGGAAUGGCAGCUUGGAGAACCCAAGUUCUGAAAACGAGAUUGAAAUGAACAAGGAGAAAGACAAAAGAAAGAAGAAGAAGAACUCGACGUCGUUGUUUGGUUUGUUUGGCGCUGCUGAUAAAUUGGAUUACGUUUUGAUGUUUUUCGGCAGUUUAGGCGCAGCUAUCCAUGGCGCCACACUUCCUGUGUUCUUUAUCUUGUUCGGGAGAAUGCUGGAUGCCUUGGGAACUCUCUAUGCAAAUCCUGGGUCCAUGUCUUCUCGUGUGUCUCAGACUGCAUUAAACGCGGUUUACUUGGGUUUGGCCAAUCUCGUAUCCUCCUGGGUCGGAGUUGCAUGUUGGAUGCAAACAGGGGAGAGACAAACAGCACGUUUGCGUAUAAAUUAUCUGAAUUCGAUCUUAAGAAGAGAUAUCGCUUUCUUUGACACGGAAGUUAGAGAUUCCAAUCUGAUUUUUCACAUCUCAAGCGAUGCAAUCUUGGUCCAAGACGCCAUUGGAGACAAGACAGGCCACGCAUUGCGGUACCUGUUUCAGUUCCUUGUCGGAUUUGCCAUUGGAUUUUUCUCGGUAUGGCAAAUUACACUGCUCACGUUGGCGGUGGUUCCGCUAAUAGCCAUCGCAGGAGGAUCGUAUGCCAUAAUCAUGUCGACGAUAUCUGAGAAAAGCGAGGCUGCUUAUGCUGACGGAGGAAAAGUUGCAGAAGAGGUUAUAUCCCAGGUUAGAACUGUAUAUGCAUUUGUGGGAGAAGAAAAUGCUGUGGAAUCAUACUCAAAUUCACUCAAGAAAGCUCUAAAACUGGGGAAAAGGAGCGGUCUAGUGAAAGGCCUCGGCAUUGGAUCCACAUAUGCUCUACUCUUAUGUGCUUGGGCAUUACUUUUAUGGUAUGCAAGCCUGCUGGUCAGACACGGGAAAUGUAAUGGAGCCAAGGCCUUCACAACGAUCCUUAAUGUCAUUUUCAGUGGAUUCUCUCUGGGUCAGGCUACUCCAAGCUUUUCUGCCAUUGGCAAAGGUCGGGUGGCUGCUUCGAAUAUCUUUAGUAUGAUUGAUAGGAACCCCGAAAGUUUCGAGGGAUUGAAUGAUGGAACUACUUUACAAAAAGUAGUAGGGCAGAUUGAGUUCCGACAAGUUUCUUUUACAUACCCCUCAAGGCCUAAGGAGGUUUUCGAGAAUCUCAGCUUUACUAUACAUUCGGGAAAGACUUUUGCAUUCGUUGGUCCAAGUGGCUCCGGGAAGAGUACAAUCAUAUCCAUGGUUCAACGUUUCUAUGAGCCCAACUCAGGACAAAUAAUCUUGGACGGGCAUGAUAUCAAGGCUCUAAACCUGAAAUGGUUGAGAGAACAAAUGGGAAUAGUAAGUCAAGAACCUACAUUAUUUGGCACAACCAUAGCGGCCAAUAUUCUCUUCGGCAAAGAAGAUGCAGAUAUGAAUCAGAUCAUAGGAGCGGCUAAAGUUGCAAAUGCAGAUUCUUUCAUUCGAGCAUUGCCUGAAGGCUAUAAUACUCAAGUUGGAGAAGGAGGGACUCAGCUCUCAGGAGGACAAAAACAACGAAUUGCUAUUGCCCGGGCAGUUGUAAGAAAUCCCAAGAUCUUGCUCUUGGAUGAAGCCACAAGCGCAAUCGAUGCAGAAUCAGAGCAAAUUGUUCAACAUGCACUAGAAAGAAUAAUGGAAGACAGAACCACCAUUGUCGUCGCACACAGAUUAUCCACCAUACGAGACGUUGACACAAUCGUUGUACUGAAAUAUGGCAAAAUCGCCGAAAGCGGGAGCCAUUGUGAAUUAAUAUCCAAAGGAGGAGAGUAUGCCACUCUUGUUAAUUUACAAGCAACAGAAACUUUUGAAAACCCGAGAUCAAUAUUGUCUGAAGACAGUAUCUCUCGUGUUUGUUCUUCGAUUUCACAAAGAGUUUCUAGCUCUAGGAGGAGUUCAAGCUUCCGAGGAGCCACCAGCUUCAGGGAAGACAUGGAAACAACAAAACAAGAUCAGUGCCACGAAGACUUGAGCUCGUCUUCGAUGAUUUGGGAACUGAUGAAGUUGAAUGCCCCGGAAUGGCCUUACGCAUUACUUGGCUCGAUUGGUGCCGUUUUCACUGGGGCCCAAACUCCUCUGUUUUCCAUGGGAAUCACAUAUGCCUUGACCGCGUUUUACUCACCUUUUCCUCAUGUGAUAAAACAUGAUGUUGAAAGGGUGGCUUUUAUAUUCAUUGGAAUGGGAUUUCUCGCCGUGCCUAUCUACCUCUUGCAUCAUUAUUUCUAUACCUUGAUGGGAGAACGACUCACGGCCCGGGUUCGCUUAUCGUUGUUCUCAGCAAUUCUUUCCAAUGAGAUCGGUUGGUUCGAUUUGGAUGAGAACAACACUGGCUCCCUGACCUCAAUCUUAGCAGCUGAUGCAACUUUGGUGAGAAGUUGUCUCGCAGAACGCCUUUCCACAAUAGUCCAGAACUUAUCCCUUACAAUCACUGCAUUUGUCCUCGCCUUCAUUUAUAACUGGCGUGUCGCAGCAGUUGUAACAGCUUGUUUUCCUCUUAUCAUUCUCUCCUUUGUCGCCGAGCAAAUGUUUCUGAAAGGAUUUGGAGGAGACUACACGACAGCAUACUCUAGAGCAACUACUGUGGCGCGUGAAGCGGUUACCAAUAUACGGACAGUUGCAGCGUUUGGAGCGGACAAACAGAUCUCGACACAGUUUACCUACGAGCUGAGCAAACCAAACUCUCAAACCUUUUUCAGAGGCCACAUUUCUGGAUUUGCAUACGGGUUCUCUCAGUUUCUAGCAUUUUCUUCCUUUGCGCUUGGCCUCUGGUACAUCUCAGUUGUGAUCAACCAUAAGGAAGCAAAUUUUGCUGAUAGCAUCAAAUCUUUCAUGGUGCUAGUCAUCACAUCUUAUGCAGUAGCGGAAACGCUUGCACUCACGCCAGAUAUAGUCAAGGGCACACAAGCACUCGUGUCGGUUUUCAGGAUUCUACACCGAGAUUCUGCAAUUCUGCCAGAUAAACCGGACUCAAUCCCUGUCUCUCAGAUUAAAGGAGACCUAGAACUGAGAAACGUGAGCUUCUCGUACCCUGCAAGACCUGAUAUCAUCAUUCUGUAUUAGUAUACUUAAUACUGAUAUUAUUUUAUAUAUGAAUCUAUUAAAUAUGUAGGGAUUUUCUUAUGUUUUAAUAAUUAUCUCGAUAAGUUUUCAGGGAAGAGCACAAUCAUCUCAUUAAUAAUGAGAUUCUAUGAUCCAAACACCGGCAAGGUCUGCAUAGAUGGGCACGACAUACAAACCCUGAACCUCCGCUCCUUGCGCAAGAAACUAGCCUUAGUCCAGCAAGAACCUGCACUAUUCUCCACAACCAUCUACGAGAAUAUCAAGUACGGAAACAAGAAAGCCACGGAGGCAGAAAUCAUAGAGGUAGCGAAAGCAGCAAACGCCCACGAGUUUAUAAUCAGAAUGCCAGACGGGUAUAAGACCCAUGUGGGCGACAAGGGAGUGCAGCUAUCGGGAGGUCAACUGUCGACAGCGGUUCUGAAGGACCCUUCGGUGCUUCUCCUGGACGAGGCGACAAGCGCAUUGGACAGUGGCUCGGAAAAGGCGGUCAAGGAAGCUCUCGAUAAGCUAAUGAAGGGCCGGACAACGGUCAUCGUGGCUCAUAGAUUGUCGACGAUAAAGAAGGCAGAGGUAAUAGCGGUUCUGAAGAAGGGAAGAGUGGUUGAGAAGGGCAGUCACAGGGAGCUUAUAGCAAAAUCUGAUGGGUUUUAUAAGCAAUUGGUGUCUCUUCAAGAAGGGGUAACAGAAGAUGAGUGACAAGUUUUUUUUUUUAUUAAAAUGUGAAUCGUAUUAAUUAUAUCAAAACUUUACAGAUCAGUUUUUGUUCGAAAA